CCCUGCGUGCUGGGGGGACUCUACUCGGAGACAUGGAGACCCAGAGGAACAGCCUGUGGUGGGGGCGCCUUCUGCUGCUGCUGCUGCUGCUGGGCCAGGCCAUGCCCUCUCCUCCAUCCCCAUCCUGGGCCCUGAGCUACCAGGAGGCGGUGCGCCUGGCUGUGCAGGGCUUCAACCAGCGCUCCCGGGAGGCCAGCCUCUACCGCCUCCUGCAGCAGGACCCGCAGCCCCAGGGCGACCUGAACCCAGACACCCGGAAGCCCGUGAGCUUCACCCUGAAGGAGACUGUGUGCCCCAGGACGACGCGGCAGCCCCCCGAGCAGUGUGACUUCAAGAAGAACGGGGUGGUGAAGGAGUGCGCGGGGACCGUCACCCUGGACCCGGACACCGGCUACAAUGACGUCGUCUGCGAGGAGAUCAAGAACGUCGAAUUGAACAUUGAGAAUCUAGGGGAACGCAUCAAGAAUGCUAAAAAGAAGGUUUGGGAAAAGAUCAAGAGUUUUGGCAGGAGAAUCAAGGAUUUUUUCAGAAAACCCUCACCCGAGGUGGAGCCCUGAGGUCUUUGGCCCUGGCCCCGGCCUCUGCGCUCUGA